AAGAGGAUGAUUUCUUCCUAUGUGGGGGAGAAUGCAGAGUUUGAGAGACAAUACCUCGAGGGAGAACUAGAAGUGGAACUCACCCCCCAGGGGACUUUGGCUGAGAGAAUUCGGGCUGGCGGAGCAGGUAUCCCAGCAUUCUUCACUCCUACAGGGUAUGGAACACUCAUCCAGGAGGGCGGGGCACCAGUUAAAUACAAUACAGAUAAAACCGUAGAAAUCAUCAGCGAUCCAAGGGAGGUAAGGGAAUUCAAUGGAUUUAAGUACAUCAUGGAAGAAGCCAUCACAGGUGACUUUGCCCUUAUCAAGGCACACAAGGCAGACAAAGUGGGAAACCUCACCUUUAGAAAGACAGCUCGUAACUUUAACCCCCCGAUGUGUAAGGCUGGGCGAAUCACGAUAGCGGAAGUGGAGGAGAUCGUGGAAGUCGGAGAAAUUCCACCAGAGGACGUCCACGUUCCACAUGUGUACGUACAGAGAGUCAUCAAAGGACCCAGCUACGAAAAGAGGAUAGAGAGACUGACAACACGAACAGAAGGUAAAGAGGAGCCAGUGACAAAUGACAAGGCCGCGGAAAUGAGGAACCGAAUCAUAAAGCGGGCAGCUCUGGAGUUCCAUGAUGGCAUAUAUGCCAAUCUGGGUAUUGGAAUGCCGAUGUUGGCCAGUAAUUAUAUCCCACCAGGAAUGACCGUCCAUCUACAGAGUGAAAAUGGAAUCAUGGGAUUGGGUCCGUACCCAUUACCCAGUGAGGUUGACCCAGAUCUGAUCAACGCGGGCAAACAGACCGUAACCAACAUCACAGGGAGCUCUUUCUUCUCCAGUGACGAUUCCUUUGCUAUGAUUCGAGGAGGACACAUUAACUUGACCAUACUAGGGGCAUUACAAGUAUCUCGUUAUGGAGAUCUGGCCAACUGGAUGAUUCCGGGUCGGUUGGUCAAGGGAAUGGGUGGAGCUAUGGAUCUGGUAUCCAGUCACAAAACUAAGGUUAUUGUUACCAUGGAGCACCAGGACAAGAAAGGAAACAGUAAGAUAGUCAACAGCUGUGAUCUGCCCCUGACGGGUAAAAACUGUGUGGAUAUGAUCAUCACAGACAAGUGUGUGUUUGACGUGGACUCAGAGAAAGGGCUUAUUUUAACAGAGAUUGCAGAAAACGAAGAUGUCGCCAGCAUUGUUGGUGCCACCAACUGUGAAUUUGUGGUUGCUCCAGAUGUGAAAGUAAUGGGACAGAUUCAGACAUAGAUAAUGGGGAGACAACUCACUGCUGAUCUUGUCAAUGUGUGU